UUCUUUAUUUCUCCCUCCAGUUCUCUCUCUCUUACUGGCUAUGUCCGUCUCUCUCCUCUGCAAUCUCCCUCUGGGUUUCUUCAGCUGUUUGUCUCUCCAUCUGUUUCUUCCGACCUUCCUACUCUUCCUUUCUUCACCUGUUUGUUGCCUUCUUUCUUUCCCUGUCACUCUGCCUGCCUAGCUAUUCUCUCCAGCUAGCCUUCUCCGUACCCCCUACUGUCGGCUGCCUUUCCCCUGUCCCCUCCCUGUAGCCCCCCUCCCACGCCACCCCCUCUUUGUUGGCUGUGGGGCAGUUCCCCAUGUCCACAGUGGCAGCUCCUCCAUCCUCCUCCUCCGGUGCCAGGCCAGAUAGAGGCUGACACUGGGCACUCCCUUGCUUGAGCAGGAAACCUCUUGUCCUGCCCAAGUCCCUGGGCUCUGGACCCUUCCCUGGAGCAGAGCCCGAGGGCUUCUCCGGGCCCUCGGCUGAGGCCUUGGCCAUGGGCAUGGCGGAUGCCAUCCUCUGCUGCCUGGCAGCCUAUCUGGAGGAGCUGGAGUCUGUGGAGCUGAUCAAGUUCAAGAUGUACCUGGGCCUGGAGGCCGAGAAGGUGGGGGAGGGGAGAGUGCCCCGGGGGCGGAUGGAGAAGGCGGGACCCCUGGACAUGGCGCAGAUCUUGGUGGCCCACUGGGGCCCAGCUGAGGCCUGGGAGCUGGCUCUCCGGGUCUUCAACCGCAUCAACAGGAAGGACCUGUGGGCACGAGGCUGCCAAGAGGUUCUGGUGAGAGAUGUCCCUCACUCCUUGGAGGUCACUACUUUAGAUUCCUGUGGCAGAGAGCCCGGAUGCUUGACCGACAACUCUCCAGGGAUGGUAAAGAAAGAUCCCCAGGAAAUGUACCGGGAGCACGUCAGGCGCAAAUAUCGCUUUAUUGAGGACAGGAACGCCCGCCUGGGAGAACUCGUGAACCUCAGCCAGAGAUACACGCCGCUGCUCCUGGUGAAGGAGCACACCACCCUGACCAGAGCCCAGCAUGAACUCCUGGCUGUGGGGCGGCAGCAUGCGCUGGGUCUGGACCAGAGGGCCAGCCCCAUCCAGAUAGAGACCUUGUUUGAGCCUGACGAGGAGCGCCCGCACGCACCCCACACAGUUGUGCUACAGGGGGUUGCUGGGAUUGGGAAGUCCAUUCUGGCCCAGAAGGUCAUGCUGGACUGGGCCGAGGGGCUCCUCUACUCCGACCGUUUUGACUACGUCUUCUACAUGAAUUGCAGAGAGAUGAACCAGUUCCAGGAGAGGAGCAUGGACGAUCUGAUUUCCGUCUGCUGGCCCGAGAGGAACGUGCCCAUUUCUGAGAUAGUUCGGGUCCCCGAAAGACUCCUGUUCAUCAUCGACGGCUUCAACGAGCUCCGAACUUCCUUCCACGAGCCGAGAAACUGCGGCUGCAUCCAGUGGGGGGAGAGGAAGCCGGUGGAGGCCCUUCUGAGCUGCCUGCUCAGUAGGAAGCUGCUUCGGGAGCUGUCCUUGCUGAUCACCACCAGACCCACCACGCUGGAGACCCUCCACCACAUGCUGGAGCAUCCCCGGCACGUGGCCAUCCUGGGCUUCUCGGAGGCACUGCGCCAGGAGUACUUCUACAAGUUCUUCCGCCACGAGGAGCAGGCCCGCCAGGGCUUCAGCCUGGUGCGGGACAACGAGCCGCUCUUUACCAUGUGCUUCGUGCCCUUGAUGUGCUGGAUAGUCUGCACCUGCCUCAAACAGCAGCUGGAGGCCGGCUGGCCCUUCCCCCACACCUCCAAGACCACCACGGCCGUCUACAUGUUCUAUCUGAUGAGUCUGCUGCAGCCCACGCCGGGGCGAUCCCGGGCCCAGCCGCCGCCCAACCUCCGGGGGCUCUGCUCCCUGGCUGCCUGGGGCCUCUGGACCCAGAGGAUCCUCUUCGAGGAGGAGGACCUGCAGAAGCACGGCUUGGGGGGAGACGACUUUUCGGCCUUCCUCAACAUGAACAUCUUCCACAAAGACAUCCAGUGUGAGCGAUACUACAGCUUCAUCCACUUGAGCUUCCAGGAGUUCUUUGGAGCCAUGUUCUACGUCCUGGAGGAGGAGCCCGGGGCCCCGUCGGCAGACUUGGCGAAGCUUCUCAAGCACUACUCCAAGUCUGAGAGGAGCUACCUGACCCUCACCGUGCGCUUCCUCUUUGGGCUCCUUAACGAUGAGAGGCGGAACUCCCUGGAGAAGCAGCUGGGCGGGAAGACCUCGGCUCGCACCAAGAGGGAGCUGCUGCGCUGGAUCCAGGUCAAGGCUCUGAGCGAAGGCUCCACGCUUCAGCGGGGCUCCCUGGAGCUCUUCCAGUGCCUCUACGAGAUCCAAGAGGAGGACUUCAUCCAGAGGGCGCUGGACCACUUCCAGGUGGUCGUGGUCAGCGACAUGGCCACCAAGAUGGAGCACAUGGUCUCUUCCUUCUGCGUGAGGAACUGCUGCAGCGCGGUGGUGGUCCACCUGGGCUCUACCAUGUUCAGUGCUGACUGUGAAGAAGACACCCAGAACCAAGGCGGCCGUGGGGAGGUGUCCGAGGGCGGGGAGCGGCCCGGGAACCAGCCUCCGGAGCAGUCAGAGAAGGACGUCCUUCCAGAGGCCUACUGUGAGCAUCUUGCCACUGCCCUCAGCACCAACCGGAAUCUUAUAGAGCUGGUUCUAUACCGGAACAUCCUGGGGAACCGUGGAGUGAGACUGCUGUGCCAAGGGCUCAGACAUCCCAACUGCCAACUCCAGAACCUUCGGCUCAAGCGAUGCCGCCUCUCCAGCGCAUCCUGCCAAGACCUCUCCUCCGCUCUCGUGAGCAACCAGAAUUUAACCCGGCUGGACCUGAGCAGGAACUCGCUGGGGGCCGCGGGGGUGAAACUGCUGGCCGAGGGUCUCCGGCACCCCAAGUGCCGCCUCCAGAUGCUGCAGUUGCGGCGGUGCGAGCUGGACUGGGAAGCGUGCCGGGCGCUCUCCGAGGUGCUGAGCGCCAGCCGCCACUUGACGGAGCUGGAUCUGACGGGCAACGCCCUGGGGGACUGGGGGCUGAGGCCGCUGUGCGCCGGGCUGAGCCAUCCUGCCUGUCGGCUGCAGACACUGUGGUUAAAGAUCUGCCACCUGCCACCCUCUGCCUGUCAAGAUCUGGCCUCCGUCCUCAGCAUCAACCAGAACCUGACUGAGCUGGACCUCAGCUUAAACGAGCUGGGAGACCAGGGGGUGAAAUUGCUCUGUGAGGGCCUCUGCCAUUCCAAGAGCCAGCUGCAGACGCUUCGGUUGGGCAUCUGCCGGCUCACCUUUGUCUCCUGUGACGCUUUAUCCACUACCCUGCAGUCCAACAUUCACCUCAAGGCUCUGGAUGUGAGUUUCAAUGACUUGGAAGACCUGGGGGUGCACCUGCUGUGUCAGGGCCUGCAGCACCCCAACUGUAAGCUUCACAAGCUGUGGCUGGACAGCUGUUCCCUGUCCGGGGCUGCCUGCGGGGACCUUGCUGCGGCCCUGGGGAUCAACCAGACCCUGAGAGAGCUCUACCUCACCAACAACGCUCUGGGGGACGCAGGGGUGCAACUGCUGUGUGAGAGGCUGAGCCAGCCCAACUGCAGGCUCCGAACCUUGUGGUUGUUUGGUACGGAACUGACGGAAGGGACCCAGCAGGCCCUGGCUGCCCUUCGAGGAGCCAAGCCACACCUGGACAUCGGCUCCUGAGGAACUUGGCCAGGGAUGGGGCCUCCCGGGCCCAGGACUCGUCGUCGCCCUGCAGGGAGGCCGCAGCUCACCUUGGGACCCCGCGGCACAUCCCAAACUCUCCCAGCUUUCUCUUCUGACCAGACAACCCCGGCCAGCACUUCCACAUGUGAGUCCAUGAGUGACGGAGCCUCCCCCUCCUGGGUCUCAAGUGGGAGAAGAUGGGCUUUGGGAUGGCCGCCAAUCCCAAGUGUUUCUGAUCCUAUGCAAGGGACUCUCGACUGUGUAAGAGAUUGGAGGAGAUGCCCUCGAGGUUUCUCUUGGCCCAUCUGGGGGUUCUGCCAGGGAUGCCCUGUGACCUUCCAGCUGUGGAAGUCGACUCCUCUGUGGACUGGGAGGAUCUUAGAGGACCCCCCGUUUCUGUUGUAGCGAGGAUCCCAGAAGCCUGGACUCUCUGGGAUCUCCCCAUCAGGGAGGGAGUCCCAGUGGAACGGCAAGCCUUCCUGAGUCAGUCUGAGGACAUCGGGGACUCCGCCAUCCUUGUGAUGGGCUGGAGGGGACUCAGGUGACUUUAGUCACCAAGGGCAGCUGGACAGAGGCCAAAGGCACCAGGCUUUCCCGUGGGAGAGAGCAUGUGGCCAAGUCCAUCUAAGGAGGAAGAAAUCGAAGAGUACCCAUUGGUGGGGAGACAGCAAGGCCUGGGGAGUGGGCUUGGAGGCUGGGUCCUGCCAGUGAAGACCCCCUCGUCUCCUCUGUUUCGCUGCCUGGCUCCUCCAAUCCCUACUUCCUGAGCAGCCCAGCCGGGUGUGGGGCCAGAACAUCCCAUUUCGGCCUCGCACCGAGAGGCUGAGGGACCUCCGGGGUGCACCCGUGAGCCAGAGAUGGGCUCUGAAAGCCGGGCCUUCUGGCACCAGGUCCAGGGCUCCAGGCAUUUCAGACUCUAGGAUCCAGCUGCGGACUUUAGGGGGCCCCCAGAGAGGGCUUCAGUGCCCCCCAAGAAGAGCAGGAAGGACUCUGGAUGGUGCACUGGGAAGAGGCCGAGGCUGAGAAAUGGUGGGCAGAGAGGGAGGGCGACCUCAACGCAGCCAGACUGCCAGCACUCGGGAGAACUCAGCCCAAUGAGAUCAUGAAGCACCUGGGAUCUGGUAGAUCCAGGAGAGGUGAUCCCUCCCUUCGGGAGGAUCCUCCACCUUCUACACCUCCAGUCAGAGCCCUGGCCAUUGUCUCAGCUGAUGGCUCCCUCCCAGCCGAUGGCAGGCCCUUCUAAUUCUCUGACAGACAAGCUAACCUGGUCAACAUUUCAGACUGCAUUUCCAGAGCGGGGCUCUCCCACUAUCCCUCCGACUUCCCCUCGACUGUCCCAGGCCCUCCUAGCGACAUCCUCAAUGCCUUGUGCCCCAUCUGGGGCCCAGGUCUUCCUCCUCACACCCCCCCCCCCAAACUCCUCAUCCUCUCCUCUGGCCCUGCUCUCCCACCCCUUGGCACUUUGGGCCUGGGUUGGGCCAGCAGCUGCUGGGGGUCUGCCUGCCUGCCUUGGGCUCCCCACUCCAGCCACCCAGUCUUCCUCAGCUGCCAAAGGCAUCAUCACCCACCUCGACAACCCCGUGAUCUCCGGGACCACAGCCAAAAGGCUGCUGACAUUCAGAACUUUUAUAGCCUUCCAUCCCAUGUUUUAAUGACUUGUCACUCCAACAACUGUCUCUGGUAGGUCCCCUGCUGCCUUCUUCCCCACCCACACCAUGUUCUCUUUGGCCUCCCUCUGGUCAUCCCCCAGGCCUGACGUGCUCCCCCUUCCUCCUCCUCUCAUCCCUGGCUUCCUUCCACCUUCUCAGGAAGCCUUUGCCUCUUAUUUCCAAUUAAUCCCACAUCUGGCUUAUUUCUACCCAUCUGUUGGUGUGCUGACCACUGUGAACUCCAUGAGGGCCUUUAUUUGGAUCAGUGCUUGAACAAAAUGUCCAGCACACAGUAGGUGCUCCAUAAAUACACACUGACUGGGAAAGCAUGUGCGCAGAUGAAUCACCAUAGGAGUGGGAAAUCUGCAAAAGGAGCUUUGAAGUCUGCAAAGCCCUUCACAGAUGCUCUAAUUCCAGCCUCCCAGUAACCUGGGAGGGAAGUGCUAUUAAUAUCCCCAUUUCACAGAUGAUGAAGUAAAGAUUGGGAGAGUGGAAGUGCCUUUCCCAGAGCCAAACAAUGGGGGAGUGUUCAAAGCAGGAUUUGAACCCAUUUAGGGUUCUCUUGGCAAAAAUACUGCAAUGAUUUGCCAUUCCCUUCUCCAGCUCAGCUGAGGAAAUGGAUGUCAAUGGGAAGAAGUAACUUGCCCACUCCGUGUCAGAGGUGGGAUUCCCGAUUUCAAUUUCAAAGCCGGCACUCUAUCCACUUUGCCACCAGAUGCCCCUCCCUCCGAGGAACAGCCUUUUCAUCAGUGCCUGUUGAAUUAAAUCCAUCUAGAAGGGACCUCGAAACGCAAAACCGGAGUGUCAGGGCUCAGCAGCCCAAAAGCAAUGGUUCCUCCUCUCCUUCCUCUGCUCUCCACUUGUGCGCGUGCAGGGGCUAAAGCCUUGGCUCACGUUCCAGGGUUAAAGGCUCAUUCAAGUCAUCCUCAUUACAGCGGAUCUCAGAAACUGGAUGUAUAGGAUGGAAGCCACGUGUGCGUCAGAUCGGGGAGAGGAUAAUAUACAUAAGAUAGAAAUACGGAACCAUUCGAAGGAAAAAGGAAAAAAUAAUCGUUUUUAAAGGACUGGAUCUGGGCAUGUAUAUAUAAAGUGUGCAGGAGGUGGAGUUGCAAAGUUGAACAGUAAUAAAAUUGCUCUGGGUCCCCUUCCACACUCCUUUUCCUAUUGCUU